AUGCAUCUUUUUCAUGGAAACAUUUUGCCUGCAGGACAACAUUCAAGGUAUGCUUUCCUUAGCCACUCAAAGUGUGCUGAAAAUGGCAAAGGAGAUGCUGAUUCUUCUUCAACACAUCAUCAAAUCUUUGAACAAGUUAAUGGUGGUUUCAUUAAUGGCCACCAGAUUUCAGAUCAAAUCACUACAACAAAUAAAGAAAAUAUUGAAAAUUCCAACAGUGCAUCAGAUGUUAGUGAACCAAUUAACAAUAGCAGAAGAAGAUCAUCAAGUGUUUCAAUAGAAGCAACAGUAAUGGAAAAGAGACAACGUCGAAUGAUUAAGAAUAGAGAGUCUGCUGCAAGAUCUAGAGCUAGAAAGCAGGCAUAUACAGCAGAAUUGGAAAUAGAACUCAACGGAUUGAGAGAAGAGAAUGAAAAACUCAAGUUACUUGUGGCUCAAAUUGCAACCAGAAGAAAAGAUGAGGAGGAGAAAAUGAAACAACCAACAAAAGCUCAAUGGAUUGCUAACAAACUGAGAAGACUUAGAAGGAUGUCAAGUGUCUCGUGGUGAACAUAAUUGCUUACAAAGGAUUGUAAAAGGAUUUGUUAUGUUAUUAACAAUGUCUUUUUGAUACAAUUAUUAGUCUUUUGUUGUGCAUGUAAGUUAUUGCUUACAUUUGGAUUUACAAAAUAAAGCAACAAUUUAUUUAGGUAG